GCACCGUACAUAGUGCCGUGUGUUGUUGCACUGUUAGUUCUUCGUUGCGUUCUCCGGCUACGAAUAUUAUUUUUUUCGUUAUUAUUAUUAUUAUUAUUAUUAUUUCCUUCUUCUUCCUUUUACCCCAAACCCCACUCGGCACUCCGUCGAAACUAGAAAUUCCUUCGUACGUCCGCUUAGUGGUGUGCGCGCGCCGCGUGUGUACAUAAAUAUUAAUAUAAUAUAUUUCAUUAUCAUCGUCGUACCUAUCAGAAAUUCGUACGAUGUCGGUUUUUUUUUAUACGUCCGUUAUUAUAUUAUAUUUGUAAUAUUGUUAUACACGUACGUCGAAUUUCGUUUUCCGUCCGAUUUCAGUGCAACGGAUGUGCGUGUAAUGUGUUCGUGAUAUUUGUUUCGUGUUCAGUACAGUGCCAGAUCACAGGAUUAACGUGUAGGAUUAUCGUUCGUUGUUAUGCCGGUGAACGUUUGGAACGGGUAGAACCAGCUACAACGUCAGCAAGUUCCACAGUUGUAACAAUGGCCACAUUAAAAAAGAACUCUGUUGUGGUCACUCAACCUAUGAGGAGAGCUAUGAUUGGAUCUAGCCCUUUAAAAUCGCCUUUUAUCAAAAGACCCCCAUCUGCUUCUGUUACAUUACAAGGCUGGCUUUACAAGCAAGGAAGUGAAGGUUUAAUGUUAUGGAAGAAACGAUGGUUUGUUCUAUCUGAAUACUGUCUUUUUUAUUAUAAAAAUGAAGAGGAAGAAAAACUUUUAGGUUCAAUAUUGUUACCAUCAUAUAAAAUAUCCCCGUGUUGUCCUUCAGAAGAUAAAGUUUACAGAAAAUUUAGUUUUAAAGCUGAGCAUGAUAACAUGAGAACAUAUUAUUUUGCUUCAGAUACCAGAGAGCUUAUGGUUCAGUGGAUGAAUGCUUUAAGCUUAGCAUCAAUUCUGCAACAAAACUAUGACAGGUACAAUGAACGAAACAAUACAAAACGAUCCCAAUAUAUUAAUAAGUUAGAUGAUAUGGAUUCAGGUUUCGUAAGUUCAUCUUUCUAUUCAACACCACGGUCAUAUUACAAUAAUGAUAUAACUUACAAAGCUCAAAACAGUCAAAUUGCUCAACCACUUUAUGCCAAUGCGCCCCCAAAGCCUAGACGUGUAACUGAACCACAAGAAGAUCAUCCUCAAAUAGCUCAACCUCAGUAUAAGCCAUUAUCACUAGUCCAAAAUUUAAAUAGGUCGCAAUUAAAUAACUCUGAACGUCGAACACCUGAUACAUAUGGACGUCAUGAUGUCAAAUAUUUUAAUCAUAGCGAGUAUGAAGAAGUUAUUGAUGAAUAUGUACCAAGUCCUAUUAAAUAUAGAGAAAAAAAAUAUUCUUACAGACCCCAUAGUGCUGAUUUUUUAGAAUAUGAUGUAAGACGUGCUUAUCAGACACCAACCCCAAGCACAAAUUCUUCAUAUAAAUCUCCCGAAUAUUACAAUACAGUGAAACAUGUUAAAAGACCUAAAUCUAGUUUAGAUUUUGUAGAUAAUUCAGAUAGUUAUUGGUCAGAAAAUGCAUAUGCAGAAAAAAUGAGACAAGCUUCUCAGAGUUUGAGUAAAGAGACAAACUUGAAUCGCACAACUGCUUUAUCAUUGAGACAACUUGGAAUUUAUCUAAAUGAUAUAAAAGCUGAGCCAGUAGAUGCUUCUUCCGCACAAAUGAAAAGUCAUCGAAACUACAUUAAAGAACAAGAAAAAAGAUGGAGUGAAUAUGUUAAUUCUUUCAAUAGAUCAGCUAGCGCUAGAGUUGCUAGGAAUGCUGAUAAGCGUAAUUACGAACAGAAUGACCAUAAAAGAAGUACUAGUUUACAAAGAAGAAAUAGUAUUGACUCUAGAGAUAAAGAACGGAAAUCACAACAGAGAGAAGAAUCUAUGAAACGUCUUUUAGAUUGGAAACAGCGAAUGCUUCAAUCUACUUUGACUCGCAAGUCUUCCGGAUCUUCUAAUCGUGGUUCAGCUCAAAAUGAGUUAUCCAAAUAUUACAAAAAAAUAACUGAUAAUCGACUUAAAAAUGAAGAAAAAACUGUUGUUAAUUGUACUAAUAAUUUCUACAAUAGCAAGUAUAACAACGACAGUUUUAGUUAUUCUAAAAAUGACUUGACUAUUGAAAAUGAUUUCAACUAUUCAGAUGAUGAAGAAGUUAAAGCAAGAGAAAGUCAAGUAGAUACUCCAGUGUCAGCAGUAAAAAAUGUCAAUGAAAUCACUCCAGACUCAAAAUACACCAACACAAUUAACUUUUAUACAAAACCAGUGGUCAAGCAGCAUCUUUCUGACGAGACUGCAAGUUCAACAAAUUCCUAUUUUAAAGACGAUACAUUAUUAGUUGACAGUAGGCAUUCAGACAGUGGAUAUGAUACUUUACAAAUGGGUAGUGUUCUUUCAUCAAAAGAUCCAGAUAUUGAUCGUCUAUUGAAGUUUGAUUUUGGUAAGAAAACAAAUGGAAUACAAAAUCUAAUCAAAAAUUUCGAAUUCAAUGAUAUGAAAGAACCACUUCAGUCAUCUUCAUAUAGUUCUAAUGAAGCACAAAUUUCUUCACUGAAAAAAGAAGACAUAAGGUAUUCAACUGCUCAAAACCCUCAAUCUGUUAGAGAUUUAUUAGCAAAUUUUGAAAAGAAAAAUGAGCGAUGUGUAUUUAGUGAUACGGAAACACUGCUAUACGAAACAUCUAGUGAUACAGAACCUAUUGAACCUAAUAUACCUAAUUCAAAGCGCACUGAAGCACUAUCAACUGACGAAGAUGAUCCAGAAGUUGUAGAUGUGUUGAGACAAAAAGCUGAUCCUAAUGACGAACAGUACUAUUUGCCUAUGACACCAUCUAAAAAGUCAGCAUUAGAAGAAGAUAUUUCUAAAUCCAAGUUAGUGAUAGUUGAUACUGAAGAUCAAGAAAAUUAUGUUGAAAUGACACAAAAUUCUAGGCCUAUACUUGCUCCAUCGCCCAAACUAGACAAAAAAUCACAUUAUGAAUAUAUAGCUUAUAAAACUAAUUCUAAUUAUGAACCAGUUUAUACAGAGGUAAAAAAUAAAAUUUUACCUGACAUUCUCAAAUCUUCAACUAAUGUUAACAGUUCAAUCAAAUCAGAUAGUUCAGAUGCUGAUGAUGAAGCCUCAAAAGAUUUAGAUUCACUUGAUACUCCUUGUCAUCCUAGAUUUAGUUUAUCUGAUACAUUUAGACCAGCUUCUUAUUAUUUAGGAGCUGCAACCAAUGAAGAUACCCAUGAUUCUUCAGAUAGUGAUCUAGUUUCUCCACCACCCAUGAACUUUGAUAAAGACGAUCAACUUAAAUCUAUUAGAAAAAAAAUGGAAUCACUGAUACAAUCUGCUUCUGAAUCAGAUUCAGAUUCUGGUAAAAAGGAAAAACAAACAGCCUUUAAUGGGGAUUUAGACUCAAUUGGAAGUAGAAAUGGAAUGUAUGAAAUAGAUAUAAAUUUAGAUGAUUACCUGGAUAAACAGAAUAUAGAAGAAUGUGAUAGAUUCUAUGAAAAUUAUUGUAAAAGUUUAGAGAGUAGACGAUUAGAAAAUUCUGAACCAGCACCUGGUGCUCCUUAUUAUUAUUCAGAUAUUUCAAAUGGAAAUUUAAGAUCACUAACUCCAGAACCGCAAGGUGCUGAAGGGUUUACAAUGCGUCGUCGAAGUCAUUCACUUGAAGGCGUGCUUGAUGAUAGUGCUUAUUGCAAUUUAGAACCUAGAAAAUGUACCUCUCCUAAAGAGGCAAUAUCUCGAUUAUUGCGUACAGCAGAAAUGAAAUCACCUAGAUCAACUGAAUUAGCCAUUGUAAAUCUACCAUUGAGAUCAAGGUCCUUAGAUAAUUUGGAUGCCGAACCUGAAAAAAAGACUGGUCGUCAAAGCGCAGAUAUUUUGAAUAGCAAAAGAAAUGAAGCAAUGUAUGUCAAUGAAGCUGUAUUUGACCGUCAUAAAGAAUAUAAAGAUGAUUAUCGGUCGGUUAAGAAGGGUAGAUGCAAGAGUGGAUCCCAGUCUUUUUUAGAGGAGGGCCUAUAUCCGAUGACCCGACCACCAUCAAUGGAGCAACUGGACAGGGAGAAGUUAAGGCAGUGGGACCUCAUGUCCACUGUCCCUGCCGUGAUGUUGGGUGCAACGCGCGUGUACAGUCGUACUUCCGAGAGACAAGUGAUAUUGACGCCUGCCGAAUCAAACACAAGGCCGCCAUCGCUAAGUYGCCGUUCAGACGAAACACCAACAAGCUCGCCAGUGUCCGGUUGCGGAUCAGCGAUUGGACAAGGUCCAGUUCAUCGAGAAUACCAAGAAAUCAAUAAAAUGAUUAAUGAAACAAUGGGCAGUAAAAAUAUAUAUUCCAGCAAUAGAAAUAUAAGGAAUAGUCAAUGGAACUUGACAGUUUCUGCUGGUGAGCUCCUUGGCCAAACGCAUGAAGAACUAGUUUUAUUAUUGAUUCAAUUAAGAAGGCAAAGAGUUUCUAUUUGUAAAGCAAUGGAAAUGUGCCACAAUGAUAUAGAAACUCAGACGAGAUUAACUGAACUGGAUACCCCAACAAAAAUAGAAAACUUACAAAAAUUAGAUGAAUUGAAAAAACAUUUGUUGGAACUUGAAAAACAAUAUGAAAAAGGAAAACCUCUAAUUAAUCUGGUUGAUAAUAUGGUAAAAUUGGGUUCAUUGUAUCAAGCUGGAUCUGCACUUGAAAAUCCAGAUGGACUCUCAACACCAACUAUAUUAAAAGAGCGUUUAGAGUUCAAUGAUAAAGUACAAGAAAAACGUCUUUUAGCAGAAGAAAAUAAAGAAUGGCAACGAAUAAAACCAAAUGUUAACRAUCUACAGGAAAAAGUUGAUAGACUAUAUGACUUAGAUCAAUUAAUGCUAGAAGAAUCUGGAAAUUUAUUACAUUUGAGGCAAGAUAAAGAAUUACUAGAAAAAGCUUUAGGUGGCCUUAGGCAUAAAAUGCAAGGUAUACAUAGUCCAGCUGAGGAAGAACGUUACAGGAGACAACAACAUGUACUAGAACGUGAAUUAAGUUCAGUUAGAUCUGUAUUAGCUAAUAAUUCAAAGAAACUGGAAGAAACAGUGGCGUCAAAUGCCAGAUUAGAAUCAGAAUUGGUAGUCUUACGUCAAAAAUUGCAGUCAUCCAGACGUGUACCAGAUACAGGCACGGGAGGUCCAACUGUAGCUGCAUUGGAAGUUGAACUCAAAAGAGUGCAACUUCUGGUUGGCGAUUUACAACGGCAACGUGAAGAUUUAAGUGUUCAAGUUCGACAGCUUACAGAGAAAUCAAAUACAUUAUCUAUGCAAAUGGAUAGUGAUGAAAAUGAAAUAAGGGGUAAGAAAAGACCAGCAAAUGAUUCAUGGAUUGAAACAGAUUUGGAUGAUUCAAUUCAAGAGGAUAAAAAAUUUUACACUCCAAGAGAAAAGCCACAAGAAAUUAAAACAGUAAGGAUUGUCAAACGAGAAUCAGAAAGGCGACAGAGAGAUAGAGAUAAAUAUGGUGGUAAUAUUGGUCUUCCAUUAACAAGUGUUAGUGUUAAAUGUGUACCUGUAAUUGAAGAACCUGACUAUAGAGUUGAAGAUAAUCAUGUAAAAAAACUAUMAGCACAAGAACAAUUAUUUGGCACAAGCCAAGAAAAUAUCGCAUAUGAUAUGUAUUCAAAUUUUAACGUUGGAGAUCAAUCUAUACUUCCAAAAGAUGAUGCCCCCUUAUCACCAGUGUAUCAGAGUGAAGCAGCCAGACAAAUUGUACAAGAAUUAUCAAAAAAAGAUCAAAAUGAUAACAUUGAGCAAAAUGAGUCAUUAACAAAAAGACUGGUACCAAGAGAAAAACGCAGACAUCACACUGUCACAAGUGUCAGACCAUUUUCCAUUACAGAACCUUACAAUAGAGAUGGUGGUUGGAGAGCUCGAGAUGAUGUGGAUAUGGAGCGAGCUCUUAGGCCCGGUGCUCCAGAUGUGGUUCGAUCUACCAUGAACAAGACUGAUCCUACAAAAUUUAGUGCAGAAACUAUAGAUAGUAUAUUAGGAACUCCUGGAAAAAUAUGUAUACCAGAACGUUAUAUACCAGAAUCGGCCCCUGUGUCACCAGAUGAACGUAAAAAGAGAAUGCACAAAGCUGAAGCUAUUAGAAAAAUGUUGUCAGAAUCUACUCCUAUACUUACUGCUGAAGGAGAAAAUGAUGAAUACACAACUGUUAGCAGAAAGAAGAUGAUUGAAGAAAAAAAGCAAAGAGAUCAUUUGUUACAAUUGAAUCAAAUAUUGGCGCAACAAGUUAUGGAGAAAAGUAAAUCAGUGGCCUUGAAUGCUAUGGCGCAAGUGGGUAAAUUAAAACGAUGUUCAAUUGGUGAUGGUGAACGAGAAUUAUCACCAGAAGAACCUCUUCCAUUGUACCAACAAAGAGAAAACUUUUACUCUUAACAAAUUAACUAAAAAUAUUUAGGUUGUGUACCUGAAAUGUUUAGGUUGUGUAAUGCAAAAAAAAUAGACUUUUAAACUGUUAAAAAUAUUUUUUAAAUAUUUUAAUUUUUGUUGUAUAGUUUU